CGACCAACUGAUCAGCCACCAUGUCUUUGAGCCGUGUGGCCUCGGUGGAAACUUUCCAAUUCCUGCCCCAAGCCCAGGGAUCGAGACGAGGCAGCGAUGCCUCAAGUAUAAGGGCGGGACGUCUCACGUUCAACCCUCUUCCCGACGAAUGGGACCCUGCAGCGAGCAAGCCUGAUACUGUGCUGGCCGUUGGCGCUUUUGAAGUUCCGCAAUGGAAAAGAAUUCUCCAAGUCACCAUCGCCGUCAUCUACUGCCUCUUCGCAGCGGGUAUCGCCUUUGGUUUUGCGGCCUUGAAGCCGGUGCUCAAACGAGAGGGUGCUUACAGCGACGUCUGUUCCACUGACGAGUCCAACUCAACUCCCGACGAUACUUGUGUUGAAAUUCAUCUCAAUCUCAUGUUUACCGUGGCAGCGGUCGGCACCAAUAUCGCGGCUUUGCCUGUUGGCGCCCUACUUGACCACGCCGGUCCGCGUGUUUGUGGACUUGUCGGCAGUGUCUUCUUGAUUAUCGGGUCAAUUCUGAUGGCUUAUGCCAAGACACUCCCCUUUGACGGCUUUCUCAUUGGAUACCUCUGCCUUGCUUUGGGCGGUCCAUUCACUUACAUCUCGUCCUUCCAACUGUCCAAUGCGUUCCCAAAGCACUCGGGCUUCAUUCUCGCACUCAUGACUGGUGCUUUUGACGCCUCUAGCGCCUUGUUCCUGGUCUACCGCCUAAUCUUCCAAGCAUCCGAGGGUACUUUUGGUCAUGAAAAGUUUUUCAAGGUGUACUUGAUCGUCCCGGCCUUCAUUAUUGUUGUCCAAUUCGCGUUGAUGCCUAAGCAGUCAUACAAGACGGUAGGAGAACUGGUCGAAUUGCAAGAGGAGACCGCGGCCGCGAACGAAUCCGACCCGGACCCGUACGACGACCAGAUUGACGAGAACACGGCUCUUCUGCGCGAGGAGCGCCGACACCGCGAGUCUGUCGUUGCGGAUGUGGAGCAGUUGCUGGGUACUCAGAAGGUAGACAAGCAGAUUCGCCAGGAGAACAAGAACGAGAUUUCGGGCGUCUGGGGCGUGAUGCAUAACCGCUCGGCCCUGCGCCAGAUCGCCUCGCCGUGGUUCAUCCUCAUCUGCCUCUUCACCGUCAUCCAGAUGCUCCGCAUCAACUACUUUGUCGCCACCAUUCGGGCGCAGUAUGAAGUCAUCUUUGGCGAUGUGGGCAAGGCCAUCGAGAUCAACAACUUUUUCGACGUUGCCCUGCCCGUGGGCGGCAUCCUCUCCAUCCCCUUCAUCGGCGUCCUCCUCGAUCACACCAGCACCGUCACAGUCCUAACCGCACUCGUCACCAUCGCCACCACCAUUGGCGUGCUGGGCGUCCUCGACAACAUGGGCGCCGCCUACAUCCAGGUCUGCCUCUUUGUGCUCUACCGCCCCUUUUACUACACCGCCGUGUCCGACUACAGCGCAAAGGUGUUUGGCUUUGAGACGUUUGGCACCGUGUACGGCACCAUCAUCUGCCUGUCGGGCCUCUUCAACUUUUUGCAGUCCGGACUGGACGUCCUGUUCCACCAGACGUUUGGCGGCGAUCCCGUGCCCGUCAACGUCAUUCUGCUCUCAGCCGGCCUAGCCGUCGGUAUUGCGCUGGUCGGGUACGUGGCGCUGAAAGCGAGGGGGUUGAAGCGUAAGAUGCUGGAGCAGGAGGCCGAGGCUUCUGUUCAAUUCCACAACUGA